AGCAAUGGCUGCCUCAUCCAGUCAACCUGAGACUAUGAAAGCAGAAUGCAGUCUGAACAAUCCAAAGGUUCAUUCUUUUUUCUUAAUUCUUUUUACAAAAAGCUAUAUUUUUUCCUAUUACACUAUAUACAGUGUCAUUUCAUGGCCUUUGAAGAGAACUUUAUGAUUAUUUGGUGAUGUGUCCCAAAGAGAAACAUUAAAAGUUGCCAGAUGCUGUGUAAAAACUGCUUUCAUCUAGAAAACAGAAAACCACAUGCAAUGGUGUGAUCAUGCCCUUUUGGUGAAUGGGAGUGGUGAAAAUAAGGAGUGGAGUGGACACUACAUUUGGGGCAUUUGUUUGUUUGAUUAAUAAUUGUGCAUAUGCCUGAUUAAUUCCUAUCUGCCGGAUAGAAGGGGUUGGUUUCUAAAGACACUGUAAUAUGUGCUACUAUGUUGGGGAAUUGGAGUGAUUAGAAAAUUUGCCUAUUCUACCCCUAUCAACUUAGUUUACAAAUUAUGUAUGUACUAACAGUUGGCAGUUACUAAACCUGCUAUGUCUUUUGGUCUUGUAUCUCCUAACUAUUCACUGUUGAUGUUAUUGUUUUUGUAGGCUUGCUAUUCUGAGAGCAGUGAUCCAGUGUUACAUGUUACUCUUCUUGGUGGUGAGUGGGGUUCAUCUGCUGGUGGGUUGUCAACAAUAAACAGGGAGCUUGCUAUUCACCUUUCAAAUCAUUCAGCAGUGCAGGUUUCUUUACUAGUCCCAGAGGGAGCUUGCAACACUGAAGAAAUAAGAGAAGCAGAUGGCUAUGGAAUCACCAUUGUUGAGGCGAAAGAACGUGCAGCAUUUGAUCGUCUUGAUUGGCUAAGCUCACCACCCAAAGAUCAUGUUAUGGACAUCGUUGUUGGCCAUGGUGUAAAGCUUGGUCGACAAGUACAAUUCAUUAGAGACUCUGCUCGAUUUCCAAAUUGUAAGUGGGUUCAAGUGGUGCACACUGCACCAGAGGACCUUAGCAGGUACAAAUGCUACAGUGACCCCAUUUCAAAAGGUGAAACAAAACACGAAUCAGAAGUUGAACUUUGCAAACUUGCUGAUCUUGUUGUCCCUGUGGGACCCAGACUGAAAGAAGCCUACACUUCAUAUUUACAGCGAUAUAAGACAGGUCAAGAUGUUUUGUCCAUUACUCCAGGCCUUUUUCAAAGGGAGUUUGGGGAUUUAAUACAAACCCGUAAUGAGCAUGCUGAGUUUAAAGUACUGCUGUUUGGUCGUGGGGAUGAUGAGGACUUUGAACUCAAGGGAUACAACAUUGCUGCUCAAGCAUUCACUGAUCGGCGGUUAAAAAACAAACCUUACCAUCUAAUUUUUGUCGGAGCACCUAAAGGAAAGCAAGAAAAAGUUAGAGAAAAACUUCUUCAAUGUGAAAUUGCAGAAGCACAGUUGACUGUUAGAAAAUUUUUACAAAGUAGAGAGAAACUGAAAGAUUUGUUGUGUGAAGCUGACCUUGCCAUCAUGCCAUCAAAAUCAGAGGGAUUUGGUCUUGUCGCACUUGAAGCCUUGUCUGCAGGUUUACCAAUUCUUGUUGGUAGUAAAUCGGGAUUUGCCAAAGCAUUAGAGAAUGUUCUUCAUGGUAAUGCAUGCAUCGUGAAUUCGGAUGAUCCUGCAGAAUGGGCAAAAGCAAUUGAAGCUGUUCGUAUCAGGCAUGGAAUGAGGCUUCAAGAGAUAAAAUCGCUGAGAGCAUUUUAUGAGGAGAUGUACAGUUGGAAGGAGCAAUGUGAAGCCUUCGUGAACAGAAUGUGGAAAAUGAGUCAUGGUAAGAGUUAAUUGUUAAGCUGAUGUGCUUAAUUGAUUAUGUUGUGCCAGACAUUACACUAAUGUAGUUUUCGUGGCACAGUGUACGCAAAUGUAAGGUUGCAGCGAUAGUCUUUCACAAGCACUGAAUACAUGUAGUUCUUGGACCACAUUUUUGAGUACCAUAAGUUCUCUUUGCAAAUUUAGUACAUGUACGAGUUGACCCAGAAUAUUUGACCACUAAAUUUAUUGCUGGAUAAAUAUGGCCAAGACAAUAAUAUACUUCUUUACAAUCCUAAUAAGUUACUUUCCUAAGAAAUCACCUUCAAUUCUUUUACGUGUAGAGCCACACUUGAAUUUCAGUGUUGUUAUUUUUAAACUGCUACUGAAGGACAACAUACAAAGACAGUCAGUUUUGUGUUGGGCAGUGACAAACAUGCAAAAAUAAAAUGGGCUACUUGAAAUUUUGAGAUGCUUGCUUUUCUUUAUAAUAAUGAAGCUUAAAUGUUUUGUACACACCUUUUAAAAUUGUAUUGGAGGUUGUCAAAGUGAAUUUAAAUGCGUGAAAAGAUCUGUAAUGCGUAGAUUAAGGGUCUCCACCACAUUUAAGGGUCACAGUUGUCUGUGACCGUCAAAAUUUAUUUUUAGUGUUACAUGCAUGGGGCGUGGUUCCACAUGGGUGGUUAUGGGUGGGGGAGAUGUGAAUGGGUUCCAAAAACAUAUAAACAUUAUUUUGUAAGAAGCUUAUAGUUAAAGGCUUGUUCUCAAACCAGAUGCUUCUGAUAUACUGAAAGGAUGUUUCUGUCACUGAAAAGCAGCCUGUUGCAAAAAUACAUGCUUCAUCUUCUGUAUUCUCAGAAGAGCUAUGUCCAGUUCAUGAAGAGACUAGAUACUCCUAGCGUUUCGGGGCUCACUUCUGACCAACGCCUGAGACCAUGAUUCACCAUUUGGCGAGAACACAUGAACAACAAAAAAAAAAACGCGUGCAUUUUUAGAGUCUCGCAGCUAAAGCAAGCUCGACUAAAAAGGGAAAAGAAACAAAAAUGGGAUCGCUUGCAAGUAUUGCCCUUAAGUCUUGAUAAAAAUAUUUGCGAAUACCUAUCUGAACGUUAUGCUCUGUUAACAGCAAAACGUGUCUAUUUCUUCAGGUACAUUGUUUUCAGCGGAAUGGUCUGUGGAGGCUAUUUUGAGACUGUCAUAGACGGUCAUAGUACUUAUUUACAGCACUUCACAUAUUUGAUUGUAUUUAUAUAUAUACACAUAAUUCCCGCAGCUUGUUUUCUCCAUUUUGUUGCAACAGAAGAUUCUCUAAAGGCCCGAAGCUCCUUGGAAACAAAGUGCAACGUUUCUCAGAGGAUGGAGGGCAUGACUGAGGACCAUGAAGGUAUCUUCGUAGACAUCAUGCCUAGAAAUCAUUUAUGUCUAUUCUUAACCAAGUGAGAGAAGCGCAGGAGGCGCACGAGAGGUAGAAAAAAUAGGGACGGGGAGAGAAAUAAAACGCCGGCCGCUGAGUUUCUAUCCCAGGAAUACACAACGUGAUAUAUGCCCAACAAAUGUCCGCCCCGGGGACGAAUGGUCACACGUGAAAUUGACUGAACCUUAAGUUUCAGAGAGAUUAUUAUUGUAACUAAAGCUUUUUUUUUUCAGAGCCUUCUAUAGAAAUUUACAACAACCAAAGAAGAAACUCUUACGACGGCAAGCAGCUUGUUUCUGAAAUGUCCCUUAGUAGUGACUGUGAAACGAAAGCUGAUGCUGCAUCAGGAUAUCAAACUAAGAUAUCCACGGAUACAGACUCUCAGUCUCAAAGUAGCCGUGAGCUUAAAAUGUCAGGAUUCUCUUGUAAUCCAGGUAUGCAAAAACAUGAGUUGUUUUUCUUGCUAUUGCUCAUCAGUACACUACUAUAUCUAAAGGGAGAAGCGUUUGUUAGAUUAUUUUACCUACAGGACUUGUUACCGUUUACGCUCGUAAUAUAGAAGUGUGUUAUUGAUGAUAGUAAAACUUAUAGUGCCGAUCGAUCAGUAGUCGCUUGACAGACGCCAUUUUCUUCAGCGGUUAUAAAAAAAGAUUUUGAAUAAAUGAUAAAUAAAUAAAUUUAUAAAUAUACAAAAAUUAAAAUAUAUCAAGCACUAAAAUUAUAAAAAUUACUUUGGUUACUUUAACUGAAACUGAAUAAAAUCUACUAAAAACGAGUAAUGAAAUUGCAUCUUAUUACAUACAUUGUAAGGGCUUUCUGGAAUGAAAUGUCUUGAGUGCCUUCUUAAAAAUGACAACCGAGGGGCUUCUCCAUAUCGCGAAAAAAAAAAACAAAUGCCAAAGUUUGGGAGCAGCAACAGCAAAAGAGCGAUCUCGUAAUGUGGUUUUAGUCCUGUCUCCAUUAUCCCAUUUAAAAUAUCUUAGUUAGUGACAAAUAUUUUCAACAAUAUGUGGGAACAGGUUUUGUAAUUUUCCAAAUUGUAUCUUUCAUCGAAUUGCUAUAAACGUUAACAUUCUAUUGACAUUCAAGUAUGCAGCUAAUAUUGUGAAUCUGUGAUAACGUCCUAACCAAGUUGCCUUGUUGGGGGUCUUUGUGAAUGAGGUUUUUAAACCUCUUUGGCUAUGGGUGAGGUGCCUGAGUAGACAUUCAAUAAUGAUGAGUACCUUGACGAGAGCCGUCUUUUAAAUUCAGGUACUUCAAGUGAGGAGAGUGGAAUCUUUUUUUAAAGAAGCAUAUGUCCUCCAAGAUAGCUAGUCAUGAAGGUGCAUCUUCCCUGAGGAAGGAACCUGUCACGUAAUAGUAAAAAUUAUAUUAAAACGUAAAUUUGUGCAAGUAGGGAAAUAAGUAAAUAAAUAAGGGUUAAGUUAUUGUGCAUACUGAAUGUUUUGCUAUAGUUUUAAAAACGUGUAACUUUCCUCUUAUUGAUUUUCAGACUCUGUUGUUAUUACUGCCUUGAUCGAAGUUCUAAUUUCUUUGAAUACCCAAGAUUUAACUGUUGCACAACAAAGAAUAUUAAAAGAGGAAUUAGAACAGUUGGUUCAUAAGUAUCGAAGACACCAAGAUCUUUCAUCUUUGCCAGUUGAUAGUAGUGUAGCCCGCCUUACUGAGUUUCUCAAAAAGGCUUAUGAAGUGGCCGUAAUGAUGGUAAAAUCAGGAUCUUUGAUAAUAACUGUACAGUGCCUCACUCUGGAGAGUCUUGAAAGUCUGUGGAAUGAUUACUGUUCUGGUUACCUUAAUGACAUCGUUGAAAGGUUCCUGGUGACUGAUGAAAUCAAGAGAAAGCUCGGGGUGGACAAUGUCAGGUUGAAGACAACUAUAGAAGAAGAAAACUACUUGAUUUGUAAGAAAGCUUUCAUAGAAAACUUAGGUGAGUGGGGCACUGUCAGUAGACUAGCUUUUUUUUGGGAACAUGUAUUUUGGCUUAAUAAGUUUUAUGCUUCGAGGGGCGUGUAGUUUUGCCUGGCUUCAAGCUGAACUUGGCCUUCUAGUAUGUUAUCAUUUUUGUUCAUUAUGACCAUUGUGGUGCCCUUGUCUGCCUUUUUGAUUACUAUUUCUGUGUUAGAUCUGGGUUCUUUAAGUGCUAUACGUUCUCUGAAAAUCAGUAAGAAAAAAAGCGAAAUACGCGAACUCGAAAUGGAUUUGAAGAAUUUCUUUUGUUUGCGCUCUAAUUUAAGAGAUGAUGACAAAAUUUCUGCCUAAAGAUCAGGUCUGAAAACGGGUAUGGAUUUGGUCUGGUCUGGUCUGAAAACGGGUUUUCUAAGUGUUGAAACAGCGUCGACUCUACUCUAUGCCCAACCACAACCGCUCAUCUGCGAAGCCAUUCUUGUUUUCCUGAUUGCUUGGUUAUUCUACAUGAAGAUAGAAUACUUUCAAACGAUUAGAAAAAGGGAUUUUUCGCACUCUCGAAAAUAAAAAAAAAACUUAAUUAUUUCGUUUUUAACUAAAAUGAGCGUCUGGCCGGCCACUUCCGACUUCGUCGCUCUUCGACAUGGAUUAGCUUUCUAUGGAUAGUUGAUAUACUGAAAGGAUGUUUCUGUCACUGAAAAGCAGCCUGUUGCAAAAAUACAUGCUUCACCUUCUGUAUUCUAAGAAGAGCUAUGUCCAGUUCAUGAAGAGACUAGAUACUCCUAGCGUUUCGGGGCUCACUUCUGACCAACGCCUGAGACCAUGAUUCACCAUUUGGCGAGAACACAUGAACAACAAAAAAAAAACGCGUGCAUUUUUAGAGUCUCGCAGCUAAAGCAAGCUCGACUAAAAAGGGAAAAGAAACAAAAAUGGGAUCGCUUGCAAGUAUUGCCCUUAAGUCUUGAUAAAAAUAUUUGUGAAUACCUAUCUGAACGUUAUGCUCUGUUAACAGCAAAACGUUUCUAUUUCUUCAGGUACAUUGUUUUCAGCGGAAUGGUCUGUGGAGGCUAUUUUGAGACUGUCAUAGACGGUCAUAGUACUUAUUUACAGCACUUCACAUAUUUGAUUGUAUUUAUAUAUAUACACAUAAUUCCCGCAGCUUGUUUUCUCCAUUUUGUUGCAACAGAAGAUUCUCUAAAGGCCCGAAGCUCCUUGGAAACAAAGUGCAACGUUUCUCAGAGGAUGGAGGGCAUGACUGAGGACCAUGAAGGUAUCUUCGUAGACAUCAUGCCUAGAAAUCAUUUAUGUCUAUUCUUAACCAAGUGAGAGAAGCGCAGGAGGCGCACGAGAGGUAGAAAAAAUAGGGACGGGGAGAGAAAUAAAACGCCGGCCGCUGAGUUUCUAUCCCAGGAAUACACAACGUGAUAUAUGCCCAACAAAUGUCCGCCCCGGGGACGAAUGGUCACACGUGAAAUUGACUGAACCUUAAGUUUCAGAGAGAUUAUUAUUGUAACUAAAGCUUUUUUUUUUCAGAGCCUUCUAUAGAAAUUUACAACAACCAAAGAACAAACUCUUACGACGGCGAGCAGCUUGUUUCAGAAACUUCCCUUAGUAGUGACUGUGAAACGAAAGCUGAUGCUGCAUCAGGAUAUCAAACUAAGAUAUCCAUGGAUACAGACUCUCAGUCUCAAAGUAGCCGUGAGCUUAAAAUGUCAGGAUUAUCCUGUAAUCCAGGUAUGCAAAAACAUGAGUUGUUUUUCUUACUAUUGCUCAUCAGUACACUACUAUAUCUAAAGGGGAGAAGUGAUUGUUAGGUUAUUCAAAGGUACUUUUUCGAAGGGACUUGUUACCGUUUACGGUCUAUACGUUCUCUGAAAGGCAGCUUAUUUCGUGGCAGGGACCUUUGCAAACAUUUUUAUGUCCAGAAUUGAAACAGAAUUUAUCAGUAAAGGCAAGACCAAACCCCUCGAGUGGGAAAGAUGCAUUGACGAUGUUUUCUCCAUGUGGGAAAAAGGAAGAGAGACGAUAAAUCAAUUUGUUUAAGAAGCAAACACACAUCAUCCUACGAUAAAAUUUACGGCUGAAAUUUCAGAGAAGGAAAUAUCUCUCCUAGACACCACUAUCUUUAAGGGCGAGAGAUUUUACGAAGAAGCUAUCCUUGACAUCUGUACACAUUUUAAACCGACAGAGACAUUUCAAUACACACAUUUCACUUCCUGCCACACUCCGGUCGUGAAAAAAGGAUUUAAAAAUUAUUUGAAGAAAGCAUCAACAAGUUCAAGUCACACUUGCGUGUUCGAGGAUAUCCACAUAAUCUGGUAAUUAACGUCCUCGCAGAAGUUAAAUUUACACAUAGAGAGUCGGCACUUCAGCAAAAACUGCAAGGAGAAAGGAACAAACUAACGCCUUUUGUUAC